CUUACUAUGGGCAGAUCUCGAUCCCUAAAGGCACUCGCGUUUUCGGAAAAGCUUCGCGAGUCGAAGUGUAGGUGGUCCGAGGCAGGGCUAGGGGCAAGGAUGGGUCUAUAAAACUAGCCUCGUGGGUAUUCAGCAACCGGGAUUCUCACAUCUGUUGUCAGAGAGCAUGUAAGAGAAAAUGGGCAGUAGUGAAUGGGAGGGGUUACUGGAGCGGCGGCUGGCGGUGCUGCCUGGGUCUCGGGAUCCAGGUGGGGGCCCUAUCUUGGUCAUACCGCUGCCACAAGAUCCAGCCCUCCAUGAUGUUGGGGGCAUCUCCGCCACCAUAAAGUAUCUCAAGACAAUCCCAAGCGUGAGUUCUCGUGACCGCGGUUGGGUGGUGGUGGUGGAUGCCCGUGUGUGCCAUUAUCGUUUGGUGAAGCCCACAGUGAGCACCGUGCGUGCCACUUUGGGCCACAUCAGACAUCUGUUUGUGGUUCGACCGGAGGGAUUCUGGGACAAGCAGCGUGUCGACUGUCGGAAGAGCGAGGUCGACAGCCAGCCGAUUUACGUAAGUGUAAGCAAGCUGACGAAGUACAUGGAGUUGUCGCAGCUGCCGGUUGAGCUCGGCGGAACUCUGGACUACGAUCACUUCGCUUGGCUCAAGACGCGCAAGGCCUAUGAAGAGUUUGUAGAUGAAUGCGAGCGCGCCCGUCGGGACUUGGAGACACUGCAGGCGGAGCUGCGCCGGGAAGAGCCAUGCAGCCGAGCGUCGACCCUCCACGACCUCCUCUCCGUCAAUUCGAACACCUAUAACACCAUCACCGCCAGACCCGCAAUCAUCUUCAACAUGGGUCAAGAGGUUCUCAAGGUGCUGGAAAUGGACGAAGAGUCGGGCUUCCGAGUGUGCGAGGGCCAAGGAGACGCUGCAGAGGCCGCGUCCAGAGUACGCACAAUGCUCCAUGAUCUGCAUCUUCUGACCACCGCCGUUGAAGCCUGCUGGAGGAGGCUCAACACCGCCCUCGACACUUACAUGCAGGUCCGCGAGCUGGAAACUGAGAUGAACGACAUCGGUCAGUGGCUGGUGUCGGCGGGACAGACCCUUUUGGCAGACACCAGCAUCGGGACCACCACCGAGCAGGCUGAGGCGAUCCUGAGGGAACACGAGGCCAUCGAACUUAAAUGCAGGGAAACUUACGGACGAUGGGCUGGGCUGAGAUACCGUGUAGAAGACGCCCUUGAUCGAGGUGAUGGUGACCUUCGCGCUCUAGCAGAUCACCGUACCACGACUACAGAUCUCAGGUCCCUCAAGGACUAUACUGAUACCCUCGUCAGGACGUUCGCCACGCGUCUGGACCGGCGGCGGACGCUGAUCUUGGCUUCCGUCAGAUUCCAUCGUAUCGCAGCCCAGAUGUGCGAGCGCUGCUGUGUUCUCCUGCAGCAGAACCGGUGGCUCCCUCACACCGACGACGUGGACACGCUCAAGAAGACGCUGCGGGAACUCACGGCGAGGAAGGAAGCUAUCGACUACUUGGCCUCCGAAGGCACGCGAGCGGGUGAGAAACUUCUUGACCUCCUGACGGUGGGCGUGAAGGAUCUCUCCGGUCGGGACGUGACCCCUGACUACACGGGGGAGUUGAACCACGUGCACGCUCUCCUCACGAACGUGCAUGAGCAGUACGCGCGAGCGGCACGGCAGGCAGACCUACACAAGCUAAGGUUACAGCAGAAUAUCCAGCUGCUCACCUGCCAGAGGGAUGUCAAGCAGGCAUACAAGUGGCUGAAGGCUCUGUUGGAGGCCCUGGUCAAAGCUCACUCUCACGUGGGUCGAUCAUCUGAGGAAAUCAGGAGGUUGAAGACUGAGCAUCAGCAGUUCCAGGAAACAGCAACCGGUACAUUUGAGUACGGUUUUGAGUCAGCUCGAGCGGCGCUGCUGGUGGAGAAAUCAGCAGGCGGCUCGGUGCUGUCGGAGAGCCGUCGCAUGGUGGGUGACCUGGAGUACGUUUGGAAGAUGUUCGUCCAAGGAUCUCAAGAGCAACUCACCAGGCUCAGAGUUGCGGGAGUCUUCUUUAGGACAAUGGAACAGCACCUAGAGAGGCUAGACGCCCUGUAUGCCGGCGUCAUGGAACGGUUGAACGGGCGUCCUGCGUCUGAUGGGGACACACGGAGUCUCCUCAGUUCCAGGGACCGAUUGCUGAGGGAAAUCGGAAGGAACGUCCGCUUGGGAAAGCUCUUGAAGGAACGGCUGCUCGAUCCCCUUGUUCCCAAUUAUAG